GCUGUCUGCACUCCCGACAACGAAGGAGUCGCUAUUGCGCUGGUCUGUAUUGUCUCGUUUACUAUUGGUUGGAACGAAGCCAUCGCCCUUUGUCUUGGCGUGUUUCACACGACCAUCUGCAUUCGGAAUCAGCAAGAUAUAGGCGCGGCGGCGGGCUUCGCGGGCUCGGUCCGAUCUAUUGUGGGAGGAAUUGCAAUCGCGGUCUGCAGCGUUGUGCUCAAUUCUCGGCUUUCCGAGACUGUCCUGACUCGAGUUGGUCCUGCUGUCGUUCAAGCUGGACUGUUCGAGGCUUCCGUCGGUGCUUUCAUCACCGCAUUGUCCAGUGGAAACACAACCGCGCUAUCUGGUAUAGACGGCUCAAACUCGACCAUUGUGGCCGUCGGAGAAUGCGCAUAUCGAUUCGGCAACACCCAUGCAUUCCGCACGGUUUCCUGACUUCGAAUUGCAUUCGGAGGACUCGCGAUCUUGCUCACGUUGAUCGUGCCGAAUGUGGACAAGCUCAUGAUACAUGAUGUAGCCACGACGCUACAUGAGAAAAACAACGAGAAGGUGGUUGCUGCGUCGAAGAAAGUC